AUGAAGCUUCUAGUUCGUGUUAUCGAAGCUAGAAACAUACCUGCAUUGGAUUCAUAUGGCUUUAGUUGUCCAUUUGUAAAGCUAAAACUAGGAAAACAGAAGUAUAAAACUAAAGCUGUGAAGAAAUCUGUGAAUCCUACAUGGUGUGAAGAGUUUUCUUUUCGUGUCGAUGACUUGAAGGAGGAGCUCAAGGUGUAUUUGUUGGAUGAAGACAGGUUCUGCAGAUAUGAUUUUGUUGGCAUUGUUAAAUUGCCCCUUUCUCGGAUUUUUGAUGGGGAGGGGCAGUCAUUAAGCACUACAUGGUACACCCUGAAAACUGAGAAUAAAAAGUCCAAGAUUAAGGAAUGUGGUGAAAUUCGUCUUAGUCUAUGUCUCUCACGAAACAACUCUCUUGUGGAAUUUCCAACUCUUACAAGCAGUCUUGAGGAAAUGCCAACUCUUACAAGCAGUUCAUCUGCAAAAUCUUUAAAUAGCUUAAAUAGCCUGCCUUCUUCAUUCAAAUUUGACGAAAUCUUCCCUGUCAAGGAGGAGCAGUCACAAAAACACCAUAAACAAUCAUCAUUUGAUGGCAUACUUGGUCCAAUCUUUAAUAGACAUCAUGAUGCAUCCAACAAACACCAUGAUGCCGUCUCUAAAAGCUCAUCCGCUAGAACCACUAGUAAAUUUAAUGAUACAUCAGAGCUACCUGAAGCUGGCAAUGCAGAGGCUCAUGGGGAAAUGUCUGAAGAGCCAUCAUCAUCUGGUUCUUUUGAAGAAAUGAUGAAAACCAUGGAAACUAGAGAUCAAGAAAGAGAAAUGCCAAACAAUCUUGCUGGAGGGGUAGUUCUAGACCAAAUUUAUGCAAUUGCUUCGUCUGACCUGAACACUCUACUCUUUUCGCAAGAAGCAACUAUUUUUAAAUCUUUAGCGGAUGUACAGAAAACUACAGAACUGCAGAUAGGUCCUUGGAAAUUUGAAAACGGCGGGGAGACCCUUAAAAGAGUAAUGAGUAGUGUAAAAGCUGCAACUAAAUUAGUUAAGGCCUUGAAAGCCACUGAGGAGCAGACUUACUUAAAAGCGGAUGGGAAAAGUUUUGCAGUUUUAAGUAGUGUAAGCACUCCAGAUGCUCCUUACGGAUCCUGCUUUAGGGCAGAAGUGCUUUACAACAUCAGUCGAGGGCCUGAACUUCCUUCAGGAGAACAAUCGUCUCAACUUGUUAUAUCAUGGCGGAUGAAUUUUGUGCAGAGUACUAUGAUGAAGGGUAUGAUAGAAAAUGGUGCAAGACAAGGUAUAAAGGAUAGCUUUGAGCAGUUUGCCACAGUAUUAGCUCAGAAUGUAAAUCCAGCUGAUACAAAGAACAAUGUUUCUGGAAAGGAACAAGCAUUGGCAUCUCUAGAUCUGGAGCCCCAAUCAGAUUGGAAAUUAGCAAUCCAUUAUCUUAAUAACUAUACGGUUAUAACCACCAUCAUUGUGGGAUUGUAUGUGCUAAUCCACCUGUUAGGCAAUGGUAGAACAGGGCUCGAGAUUGUUGGGCUAGACUUGCCGGAUUCUUUUUGUGAAGUGAUUGUGUCUGGAGUAUUAGUUCUUCAAGGAGAACGGCUGGUGGCACUCGUAUCGCGUUUCAUACAGGCAAGAGCACAUAAAGGUGACCAUGGUAUCACAGCAGCGGGAGAAGGGUGGUCUCUAACUGUUGUCCUACUAGAAGGAAUUAAUUUGGCAGCAAUUAGGUUGUCUGAUCCGUAUGUGGUGUUCAGCUGCAAUGGUAAAACCAGAUCCAGUUCAAUUAAGUUUCAGAAAUCUGAUCCUCGAUGGAAUGAAGUAUUUGAAUUUGAUGCGAUGAAUGAGCCUCCAUCUGUGCUGGAUGCGGAUGUUUAUGAUUUUUAUGGGCCGUCUGAUGAAUCCAAAUCCCUGGGACAUGCUGAAAUUAAUUUUGUAAAAAGUAAGGUAUCAGAACUAUCUGAUGUGUGGGUUCCUGUUGAAGGGAAGUUGGCUCAGGCAUGUCAGCCAAAAUUGCAUCUAAAAAUUUUCCUGAAUGAUACAAGGGGUAGUGACGUCGUUAAAGAUUAUCUAAGUAAGAUGGAAAGAGAAGUGGGGAAGAAGAUGAAAUUGCGGUCUCCUCAAACAAAUUUAGCAUUUCAGAAACUGUUCAAACUCCCAACAGAAGAAUUUCUAAUCAAUGACUUCACAUGUCAAUUGAAACGAAAAAUGCCUCUGCAGGGUCGUCUGUUUUUGUCUGCAAGAAUAGUCGGAUUUCAUUCUGAUCUUUUUGGACAUAAGACGAAAUUCUUAUUUCUCUGGGAAGACAUAGAAACCAUUGAGGUGUUCCCACCUACUUUUUCAUCGAUAGUUAGUCCAAUUAUUGUCAUGACUCUACGGCUUGGCAGGGGUCUUGAUGCAAAACAUGGAGCAAAAACUCAUGACGCUGAAGGCAGACUGAAGUUCCAUUUUCAAUCUUUCGUGUCUUAUAAUGUGGCAUACAGGAUAAUUAAGGCACUAUGGAAGGCAAAAUCUUUAACACCAGUGCAGAAGGUACAAAUAGCUCAAGAGGAAGAUGGAGCUAAAGAUCUCCAUAUAAUUGAAGAAGAAUCUGUUGGCAAACCUAUUCAAGCAUCUGAAGAAGAUUCGGACACAAAAUCCCAUCAAAGCGAGGAGAAUGGUUCAUUUUUUGGCCUUGGGGACGUUGGCCUGUCCUUAUUUUAUUAUUCUGUUAUUCCAGUUCCUAUUAAGUCUGUUAUGGAAUUAUUCAGUGGUAAUGAAUUGGAGCAGAAGGCUAUGGAAACAGCUGGUUGUCUUAAUUAUGCUCAUAGUCCCUGGCACUCUGACAAGGCAGAUGUAUACGUGAGGACUGUCUAUUAUAGAUCAAAACAAAUUUCCCAGUACAAAGGAGAGGUGACAAGCACUCAACAAAAGUCUCGCCUUACUGAUAAAGAUGGCUGGCUCAUUGAAGAAGUCAUGACAUUCCACGGCAUCUCACUUGGUGAUUAUUUCAAUGUUCACCUAAGAUACAACAUUGAGGAUUUUCCCUCCAAAUCCAUGGGUUGCAAUGUUCAAGCGUUUCUCGGUAUUUCAUGGUUAAAAAGAAGUAGACAAAAGAACAGGUUCACAAAGAGCAUUAUUUCAAAUAUGCAAGAGCGUCUUAAGGUCAUGUUCAGUGUAGUUGAGAUGGAGUAUGCAUCGAAAAAGUAGAUUUGUGAUUUUCCAGGUUAGUGUUCCCAUCCAGAUUGAAGCUUGUUUUAGGAUUCAGGAGCUCAUUAUUUAGUUGUGGGCAUGGGUGAAUUAUAAUGCAUCAUCUUUUCAGUCUUGAUGUCUUUGGCCUGUUGGAAUGCCCUUCAGCAUUUGUAAUGUCGUGUAUUGUGUAAGAUGGCAGAGCAGAGCAUGUGGUGGUUUUUGCAGAACUGUAAUAUUACUGUUUCAGAAUGCCUCGGAGUUUCAUACUUUCACAUUUGUAAAUAUAAUUGUAUUUGCUCUUUCAGUUUCAA